AUGCCAAAUAAGCUUCCCGAAUUAUACUUCUGCCCUAUACCUCCAAAGGAACUGUUCCCUCCAUCCUAUAAAGACCUUCCAAAAAACCUGAUUGGCUACUUCCCAGUAAGCAACAAUGUUGAUAACAUCAAAGAAGCUGUGCAAAUUUUGAGAAAUGAAUCCUAUGCUAUAAAAAAACUACCGGCAGACUAUAUCAUGAUCAAAAGAUCUCUCUCACCAGUACACUGGUACAGCGAAAAUUAUGGAAUUAUCCUCCCUAUUAACAAUCAAGACAAGAUCAAAGGUUUUAUUAGGCAAUUAAAAACUGAAUUCUUUUUCAAACUUCCAAUUGGACCUGACAACACUCCAACCUGGGACUUUAUGAAUAACGUCAUCAAAAACUCUCUUGACAAUUUCAUUCCAAAGCGAAAGUGCAUGACACCCACCCGUAACAUAGACUCUCUCAAACAUUACUCCAGUACCAUAAGAGCCACCAAGAGAGCAAUAAAUUCAUCAAAAAACAAUAAUAGUGAAGAUGUCUUCUCAAGACUUCCAGCUAUCGCCUAA